AUGGAGCCUCCACCACCACUCUCCACUCCCUCCGUCACAGUCACCACGCCGGAGGCUCCACCACCAAGGCCUUUGCAGCCACAACCCAAUAUCAAUUCCUUUGACUCUUGGAACGAUCCAUCACUCCCAAAGCUCCGCUUCAUGUGCAGCUACGGUGGACAUAUCAUCCCCCGUCCACAUGACAAGUCCCUAUGCUACAUAGGCGGCGACACCCGGAUGAUCGUUAUCGACCGCCACACCUGCCUUUCUGAUCUCCACCACCGCCUCUCGAAAACCCUGUUAAACAACCAGCCCUUCACGUUGAAAUACCAACUCCCGAAUGAAGAUCUAGACUCGUUAAUCUCCGUCGCUUCAGAAGAAGACCUUGAGAAUAUGGUUGAAGAGUACGACCGUUUGAAUAAUAGAAAUAGUAGUUUGAAAAAAUCAGGUCGGCUUCGUUUGUUUUUGUUUCCAAAAUCUUCAAGUAUUGAACAAUUGCUGAGAGAGACCUCUUCGACUAAAUCAGAGGACUGGUUUCUAAAUGUACUGAAUGGUAAAGGUACUAAUUUAUCCACUGCUCUCAGUGAUCUUGGGUUUUCAGAUUCAUCUUCGAUCAAUUAUCUACUUGGACUUGACGAUGACUUUGGUGGAAAAGCUGCUUCCUCAGAGACGGAUGUAGAAGCCCAAAUGGAGGGAUCAAAGAACUGUUUGAACAAUACUGGUAAUCAAGAUGUGCAUUCGGUCCCUGAUUCUCCGAUGGUGGAGACCUCGUCUUCCUUUGGGUCGACAUCCAGUUCGCCUUCUAUAGCGAACCUGCCGCCCAUAAGAGUGCCCAAUGAAGGGAAUCCGAAGUUCGGAGUUGAAGAGCUGUUUCAGCAGAUGAAUCUUGGGGUUGUGGGUGGUGUUACUUUGCAGCAGAAACAGGAGAUUGGAGGGCUUUUUACCUCUGAUGGAACCGCAGUUUCAGGAUAUACAAAUCCAGUCUUCUCAGGCGACGAGGGGUCAGAUCAUGGUGCAGAGCAAGCACAGCAACAGGUACAGGUUCAAUUUCAGCUGAAACAAGGAGGUACUAUAGAGUUGUAUUCCCCUGAAUCAGUUUCAAGUGAGGGAAGUGCAACAAAUCCAUUGUCUAGGCAUAGACAAACUUUUUAUCAUGAACCACAUGUUCAAAUUCAAUCUGUAAACAGUAGGGGUUCGGCUAGUCAAGUUGAUCUGAAGACGGGGGAUCAAAACACAAGGAGUGUUCCAAUGCAACCGCAAGUUCAGGAAUCGGGUUAUGUAUUGUCUGGUCAGUUCGACCAAAAUCAUCCUCCAUCGAACCAGCCACGACAGUUUGUUCAUACCGGUACUCAGUACAUCCCUGCCGGGGCAACACCAAUUACUUCAUAUUACCCGAUGCAAUCUUCCCAGCAUCAACACCAUUCUCACUACCCUGCACUCGAGCAGCAAUACCCCGUUUACUUUCUGCCUGCUAGACAAACCCAGGUCUAUAAUAUGCCCGUGCAACAACAACCAAAUUAUAAUGAAUCGGCACCAGCUUUAGCUACUAGCAAUCCUCAAACACCUUCUGCAGCCUACAAUCAGGCGAGGAACGUUCCUGCCUCAAAAGCUGAAAUGGCUGCGGGCAUUUACCGAACAGCAGCUUCACAAUUUCUCCAGGUUCCUUCCGGCCAGCACCAAACACAGUAUGUCGCCUUCACUCAAAUUCAUCAUCCAUCUCAGUCGGUGGCUUUCCCUUCAGCUGCCAAUUCAAAUCAUGAUUAUGAAUUUGCUGAUCCUACACGCUCUCAAGUAUAUUAUACUCAGACUCCGACCACCCAAUUGGCUUCCCAUUAUAACACCAUGACAGCAGCCGCGAAAGUCAUAUUACCUGAAAGUUCCACUCAGUUUCCCACAGAGAAUAAUAUUAAGCAGCAAAUUAGAACUUGUCAGCCAUGA